CCCUUAUGCUCGCUCUGACUUUGAUCCUGGUCCGUGUGCUCUACCGACGAUGUGGCUUUGUCGAUGAUCACCACGGCGCGGACGGACCGGGCUGUAAUCACGAUAAUACUACCUUAAAAUUGCUCCGAGAGGAUUUCGGUCUUCGAGGACCGGAGGGAGCGGCCAUUUUCUGUUCUGUUUGAAGGCGGUUGUGGUGUUUGGUAAUCUGUUUGACGAUGUUGAGGAAAGAAAAAGCCUUCUUCUCUCUCUUCCCUUUUCCUUUUCCUUUUUCUGAUGGAUGAGGGUGCAUGGGCUGGGAGAUGGCCUGUCCGAACUCUGGAGGAGGCUCUUCCCUCGAUGGAUAGAUGGGCGGGCGCUUAUUAUCGGACGUGGUUAGUUUCGUCUAAGAAAAGAAGAAGAAGCUGCGCCACAAGUACCCGUAGCUACACUACCGAUACAAGUACAGUGCUAGCGCAGGUAUUGUACUCGAGUACCGUUCUCCCUCCCACAACGCUACUCGAAUCAGUACUAGUACGGUACAGCACUUGUACGAACCCUUCCUGCAGGGGGCUUGUGUUCGGGUUCGGACAUUUUGUGAGGGAGACGUUUCAGACCUUUUUGGGGCACGGUGGGGGGGAAAUGUCGAGUGAAUGGUUUGCAUAGGGAUCGGCGAGUGAGAUGUGAUUCAUGAUGAUAUGAUCUCGGAGAGGCCCUUGGCAUUUGAAUUCCUCCCACGAUAGCCCGUGAUAUGCGGUACGCGUGUGCAAGUGCGCGGUGAGGCCGUGGGACGGAGAGAUGGGGUCGGGUCUCAGAGUUCGAAGGGUGGAUGGCCAUCUGUGAUAGCGCAUCGUGCCGGGACGAGCACAGCACGGUACCGGUACGGUACAGUGCAGUACCGUACA